AUGUUCAGUCGCUCGUCGUCCAAGAACAACGGUUUUCCUGGAGCUGCAGUUGGGAAGGAGCACAGGGACCGCGCCAGGGAGCAACUAUCCAGCCUGCGCGAAACGGGCAUAUUGGGGAGCUUCUCGUCCUCCGACAGCCGGUCUCUGCGCUCGUUGAAUUCAUUCAAGCGCAAGAAGGACAAGAAGAAGCACCAGCAGCAGCAGCAGCAGCAGCAGCCACCGCCACAGCCGCCGGUGGACUGGGAUAGCGGUUUCGACCAGCCUUCGUUUCCUGGAAAGAACCACUCGAUCGCCGCGGGGACUCUUCGUUCAUUUCCCCAGCGCACCCCGUCGCAUCGCUCGGCGGCCUCCUCGAUUGCUUCGAGAGACACUGUACGCCCGCUCAACUCGCCCGCUCGAUCAUCAUCCGCCAUGUCGGGCGCAAUGGGCGUAGACCGGAGGGGCAACCGGCGAGAGCGCACUUUCGUCGGCAGCGAAUGCGCCGUGUGCGAGGAGCCGCUGGAGCACACGCUCCGAGGAGAGCGCAUUCUGCAGUUCUCGUGCUCCCACGUCUCGCACGAAGCCUGUUUCUACGAGUUCAUUCGCGAGUUUGAGUCGCAGUACUGCCCGUCAUGUAAUGCGCCGCUGCAUCUGGACACCAGCCGAGGGGGCAAUGUCCUAGAUAUCGGUAAGCGCAGAUCGCCGACUUCUGCCUAUGUCCCUACUGACGUGGUCCCCGAUGCUACAGAGAAGAUCACGAGCAUGGUGCGGUCUGCUUCCUCAGCAGACUCUAGAUCGCAGCAGACCCCCACGCCCGGUGCCGGCCCGUGGGAUGAGCAACCCUCCGGCAGGGGCACGUCGGCCCACGGCCGAGACAGUGCGCGCGGCAGCCAGCGCGACAGCCGCGACGCACCCUCGUCAUUCGCGGCAACUUCGCGCCAUGCGCGUAGUGAUAGUGAGGCCACCGGUGUGGCUUCAUCCACAGGCUACCCAGAGACGACGCAGAGCGGCCCGGCUCGAAGGCACGAUUACGAUCUCCAGGCGAUGGAGACUACGCCGGCCAGCCCUCAGAGGAUCGCCCGCAACCCCAUCCCGGCCCCCACGGUAACUGUGCGUUCCGAGUUCCCGACCAUCAAUAAGUCACGGCAACAACAGACCUUGACCUGCCUUAUAACUGUGGAGGUUCCGGACAACAAGUGGAAGCCGGACCCGGAGGAUUUGGGCAGUGUCGCACCUGUGCAGCCGAUGCGGGUAGAGGAGGCAUUCCAACAACGACCGCCAUCGCCAGCCAAGAGCAACAAGCCCCGCUUCUACCCUUACGAAUCCCCUGAAGUGUUGCAAGAAAUGACCGAAACCUUGCGGGUCCGUGUUGACAACUGGCAUGGCUUGGACUUCAACCGAUUCGGGAAACUUCGCCUUUACGGCACCCUUCGCGUUGGCAAGGACAAGGUGUCUUGGCAGGAAUUGGAGUGCUUCUUGUUUGCUGAGAUGCUUAUCUGCGUCAAAGAGAAGAAGAAUCCUGCAGCGGCUCAGCAGUGGGACGAGAACGGCAAUCCCCGCAAAGGUUCAAGAUGUACGCUGAAGGGCUCUAUCCUCAUAAAGAAGCAUCUGAACGAGGUUGCUGAGACGGGAUCUGUUGAUGAGAACAUCCUCACUCUCAGUCUCUCGGUCAAUGAGCUGCCUUCGUUCCACCUGCGAUUCGACAACCGGAACCAGCUGAAGCUGUGGCAGCAGGCUUUACUCGACUUGAAUGCUACGGAAGGAUCACCAGUUCGCAGCCCAGAUUAUGAGCGUGCCGAGAUGUCAGAAACUGACGAGGACGACUGGGGACGUUCACAACGCGGGGGCCAGAGAGUCUCGGCUUCUUCAUCCGGUUGGGGCGGCCCGAAAUCAACCACAACGGCCCCGACAGAGUACACCAACUUUGCCAGGAGUCCGCUCUUCUCCUCGUUCCACGUGCCAAUUGACGUGGUCGUGGUCGUUCCCAUCUCAUCGUCUAUGCAGGGCGUGAAGAUCAAUCUCGUCCGAGAUGCUCUGAAGUUCAUGGUGGGCAGCCUCGGAGAGAGGGACCGCAUGGGCUUGGUUACAUUUGGCUCUGGCGGAGGUGGCGUGCCAAUCGUGGGCAUGACCACGAAGGCGUGGCAUGGCUGGAACAACGUCCUGGGCUCCAUCAAACCCGUUGGCCAGAAGAGCCACCGGGCCGAUGUGGUGGAGGGCGCGAACGUUGCCAUGGAUCUCCUGAUGCAACGCAAGCACAAUAACCCCAUCGCGAGCAUCAUGCUCAUUAGCGACGCAUCCACUUCAGACGCCGACAGCGUCGACUUUGUCGUGUCACGAGCGGAGGCGGCUAAAAUCAGCAUCCACUCUUUCGGCCUCGGAAUGACCCACAAACCCGACACCAUGAUCGAGCUCUCCACCAGGACGAAGGCCUCUUACACGUAUGUGAAAGAUUGGAUGAUGCUCCGAGAGUGCCUUGGUGGGUGCUUGGGAUCUAUGCAGUCUCUGUCGCACCAAAACGUCAAGCUCAAACUGAAGCUUCCUGAGGGGUCACCUGCGAGGUUUCACAAGAUUAGCGGCGCUCUGCAAGUUACGAAGCGUGCCACCGGGCGAGAUGCUGAGGCUUCCCUCGGCGACCUUAGAUUCGGCGACAAGCGUGACGUAUUGGUGCAACUGGUGAUUGUACCGGACACUUCAUCGCAGGAACAGCUACCCCAGGACCCGUGGGAGACUAUUGUGUCUGGCCUGGAGGCUCUCGGUGGACCCAUGGACUCUGAUGACCAGAGAACACUCUCGGUUGAAGAGGUACCCCUGAUACAAGCAGACCUUGUAUGGGGAGAUAUUCUACGUGAGGGCACCAUGAUGCAUCUGCCCAGGCCAUCGCUCCUGGCAAUCACCAUGCUACCCCCAACUGCGAGCUCAAGAAAGUCAUCUUGGCAAAACAAUCCACCAAUUCCCCCACAUCAAAGCAUUGUCCAGCGACGCAUGGAGCUGCUUACUUCAGACAUGCUUACCAGGGCGCUCACCCUUGUGUCUCGAGGGCAACACGACCGUGCUCAUACAUUACUGAACGAAACACGUUCUAUUCUUAAGGGCCUAGGAAAGGGUGGCUUGCCGCCGGUACCUCCCCCGGCGGGUGGCAGCAAGUCGAAUCCUUCUACUCCUCAUCCUGGCCUAGAUACACUGGACCCAUCCGCCACCCCUGACAGGAAGAACACACCUUCUCCAACUGCGUCAGCCAACUCGUCGGGUGGUAAUGGAUUCCCCCAACCGCUGCCUCGCACUAGAUCCAACGAUGGCCUGUCCCUUGGCAACACUCCCGGCAUCGACGCGAGCACUGUAUCUGCUCUAGAUGCUGAGCUUGAGGCCAGUUUGGAAUGGAUUAGCCACCCAGCAGUGUUCGGGCGAGACAGCCGUAAGCAAGUUCUACAGGCCAUUGGAGUCAUCAGCAGCCAGCGCGCGUACACUUUCCGCACUCCGAUCGAGAGCCUGUGGGCAUCGAGGGUGGGUGGUGUCAAGAAGCUCACAGAGAAGAGCCGCGAAUGGAGAGACGACGCCGGUGGUGAGGGUAUCAUCGAGGAGCCCUAA